AUGCCCAGGUCUUGGGCGUUCUACGAGCUCACCCGGAACCCAGACGUUCAGUCUCGACUUCAUGACGAGAUUAUGGAGAAGCUGCCACCAGGUACAGCGGCAUUCGCAUAUUUAGAGGUGAAAGCUGCAUGUUCCAGUUUCCUCAGGCACCAAGCUAGACAUGAAGAGCCUAACCGUGCCCAAGAUGCAGCAGGAAGAUUGUCUGGGACAUGCAAAAUCACGAGAGACCACACACCUGGAGCGGGUGAAAUGCCAUACCUGAAUGGCGUGAUGUACGAAGCCCUUCGGCUGUGGCCCCCGGUGCCGUUCGACCCAAAGAUGGCCUUUGAAGACGACGUCCUGCCCGGUGGGUGGAAAGUGCCAGCCCUGGCACAGGUGGCUUACUGCCCCUAUAACAUGGGCCGAGAUCCAAAACGAUACCCAGAACCUGAGGUUGCUCAGCUGAAGCAUGCUUUCCGCCCAGAACGAUGGAUCCCCUUUACAGCGCCGUCUCAACACGAGUUCCCUGUCUUCCAAGCGGGCAUGGACAUGGCUCUCUUCGAAGCGAAGACAGCUGCGGUGGAGUUGCUUCGUCACUGCCGAUUUGAGAUGGUACCCGGACAGAACAUCACCUACGGUGACAAGAUUACCCUGGACAUUAAGAGCAAUGGCAAGGAGGAGUUCCUUGUGCAUGUCAGGGACUGGUAG